AUGCCAAAGCCUGCAGUCGUCAUAGACAACGGCAGCAGCUUCACCCGGGCUGGCUUUGCAGGCCAGAAGAAGCCCAAGUUUGCCCUAAGGACGACAUUUCUGGAUCCCUGCAGAACAGGCACAACAUGGGAGACCCAAUGGCAUCCCACUACAGCUGAAAGCACAGCAGGCUUUGCCUUAGCACCCGGGACUUACCCGCUCAAGCACGGCAUCAUUGAGGACUGGGAUGCCAUGGAAAACCUGUGGAGCCACCUCUUCUCCUGUGGCCUGAAAGCUCUCCCAGAGGAACAGCCAGUGCUCAUGGCCAACUCCCCAUCUUGCCCUUCCACCAACAGGGAAAAGGCGGUGGAGGUGCUUUUCGAGAGCUUCGGGGUGCCAGCCCUGCACGUGGCCAACACCGGGUUCCUCUCCCUCUGUGCCUAUGGCAGAGUCACCGGUCUGGCUGUGGAGGCUGGGGCAGGAGUGUCCCAUGUCACCUCCACCUACCUGGGCCAGACCUGGAAGGAGGCUACCUACCGUCUUGAGGUGGCUGGUGGCUCCCUCUCCAGCUACCUGCAGAGCCUGCUGAUGGAGAGCCCCAACGAGCCCUCAGUGCUGAAGGCCUUGAAGGAGAGGAAGACAGUGAUCCAGCUGAAGAAGCAAUGCUGCUAUGUCUCCAUUGACUUUGAAAGAGACCUCCAUGAUCAAGACUACCAUCAUCCAGCCAGAUUUCAGGUCCCCGAUGGGCACUGGAUAACCCUGGGUAACGAACGGUUCUGCUGCCCAGAGCCACUUUUCCAACCAAAGCUACUCCACCAGAAUUCCCCAGGGCUCCACCAUUUGGCCAUGCAGAGCCUCCAGAAUGUACCUGACCAUGCCAGGAAGGACACAAUGGGUAACAUCGUGCUGUCAGGGGGCUCCUCCAUGUUUCCUGGCUUUCCUGAAAGGAUGUGCUUAGAGUUGAACACCCUGUUCCAUGGCACAGGCUGUGAGAUUAAGGUCCUGGCAAGCCCAGAGAGGGCCACAGCAGCCUGGGCAGGGGGCUCGAUGGCAGCGUCACUCACAUCCUUCCAGCACGUGUGGCUGACAAAGAGCGAGUACCAGGAGCACGGUGGCGAGUACAUGCACAAGGUGUUCUGGUAG